UCGCGUGGACAGCGCAGCCGAACGCGCAGAGCCGAGCGCGCACAGCCCGAGCGAGGCCAGUCAUGCUUCGAUAGCACACGCAGAUGGACGUGGCAAACGGGUCGCCGUCGCUGCGACUUCGCGGCGGCGUCAAUAAUACAAGUGACAGUAAAAAAAAUGAGUUGAAUCUGUGCCCGAGUGUGAUGUCGCCGGAGACUCAGCGGCUGCUGCCGCCGACCACGGAGACUAUUAUGACAAAGCCGUUCCCUAUACGAGGUGAACGCGCCAACUAUGUGAACAUACCUCAUGUGAUCGCGAUGGUCGGACUGCCGGCGCGCGGCAAGACCUACAUCUCAAAGAAGCUCUCCAGAUACCUCAACUGGAUAGGAAUCAAUACUAGGGUAUUCAACCUAGGCGAGUACAGGCGGCACGCGACGACGGCGUACACGAGCCAUGAGUUCUUCCGCGCCGACAACAAGGAGGCGAUGGCGAUACGGCAGCAGUGCGCGCUGGACGCGCUGCACGACGUCUGCGAGUGGCUCGCCAAGGGCGGGGAAGUCGCUGUGUUCGACGCGACAAACUCGACGCUGGACCGGCGGCGCAUGAUCCGCGACAUCGUGGUGCACAAGAUGGGCUUUAAGCUGUUCUUCGUGGAGUCCAUCUGUGAUGACCCCCGGAUCAUAGAACAGAAUAUCAUGGAAGUAAAAGUAAGCAGUCCGGACUACACGAACAUUCAGAACACAGACAACGUGCUAAACGACUUCCUGCUGAGAAUAGAGCAUUACAAGGAGAAGUACGAGCCUCUAGACGAGACCAUAGAGUCGGAGUACAGCUUCAUGAAGACCUACGACACCGGCGAGAAGGUGGUCGUGCACAAACACGAAGGUCACAUACAGAGCCGGAUUGUCUAUUACCUGAUGAACAUACAUAUUGUGCCCAGGACUAUUUAUUUGACUAGGCAUGGUGAGAGCACCCACAACAUAGUGGGUCGUAUCGGUGGUGACAGCGACCUGUCUGUCCGGGGCCGGCAGUACGCGAAGGCUCUAGCCGGGUACAUCGACCAGCAGCAGAUCCCAGGGCUCAGGGUCUGGACCUCCUGGAUGAAGAGGGCCAUCCAGACCGUCAAAGAUGUGAAGGCGCCACAGGAGAGGUGGAAGGCGCUUAAUGAGAUUGAUGCGGGCAUAUGCGAAGAGAUGACCUACGCCGAGAUCCAACAGAAGUACCCGUCGGACUUCAACGCGCGCGACGCCAACAAGUUCGCGUACCGCUACCCGCGCGGCGAGAGCUACGAGGACCUGGUGGCGCGCCUGGAGCCCGUCAUCAUGGAGCUGGAGCGGCAGGGGAACGUGCUGGUCGUGUCGCACCAGGCCGUCAUGCGCUGUCUGCUCGCCUACUUCCUCGAUAAGUCCGCUGAGGAGUUGCCGUACCUGCACGUGCCCCUCCACACGGUGAUCAAGCUGACGCCGGUCGCGUACGGCUGUCGCGAGGAACACAUCAAGCUGUCCGUGCCCGCCGUCGACACGCACCGCCCCAAGCCUUCUGACGACGAAGAUGCGGCAGACGUCCAAGUGAUACCCGCGCCGCCUAUCAAGCCGCCCACGCCGCCCGUCCUCAACGGCGAUGCCAACGGCGAACAGAACGACGACACCCAGGCGCAUUAACAUGUAUACACGACCCCUAGAUAAUGCAAUCAAAACAUUGUCCAUGCUAGUUCAAAAAUCUAGAUUUAAAUGACAUUUUGGGUAUUUAUUCUGUGUGAACGAUGUAGUAACCCUAAAAGUAAAGCAUUGUUGUAGUUAUCUGUGACUGUCUACGAUCUGUCAAGUCGACGAAUUUGAGACUGAUGUUAAGUGAGUUUAGAUUUUUAAAUUUUUUAAGUCAUGUUUGUCUUUGUACUGAACAUAAAUACCUAAAGUACGUUCACAAUCACUUGGCCGCUUAUCACCGUUCACUCAGAGUUAGCGAGGGGUCACAAAAUCCAGAGAUUAAUCAUUUUCUGUUCAACAGAAACGUGACAUACUUUUUUUAACUUACCGCCUCAGCUCUUUGACACAAAUAUUAAGGGUACCAGCGCUGCAGCGCUUGACAGCUAUUCGUUUAGCUUUGAUUGUCAUUACACUACACGGCUCAGCCGCUAAUAAAGCGCUUUUUACGCUUACUGGCGUCAAACGCGAGUACAUCGUAAGAAAGUGGCGCAAAUUCUUGAUAGUGUGUCCCCACGCUUAUAUAUUUUUAUAAGCCGUCUCGUUUUGUCUAGUUAGCUCUUAUCUUACUAUCAUAUUUAUAAAUAAUAUUUAACUAUACAUAAGAAUUUUUACAAAGUGGCUAUGUAUAUUAAAUGUAAUAUUGUAAAAUUAUAGGUAAUUUAACUUUUAUUUAAAUAUAAGUUUAAUGUAAGUGG